AUGGAAGUCUCCAACAAUCAGAACGGCGCCUCUUCCGGCAGGGAUGGCCUGAGCAGUCUGUCAGACUGCCUCCUCCACACUAUCCUGUCGCACCUCAAGGCCCUACAGGUCGUGCGGACAUGUCUGCUCUCGCGGAGGUGGAGCCAAGGGUCCAGCCCUUUUGAUGAACUGCGCGACCAUGAGAUCGAGGAGGUGUUGUUCGGCAAGCGCGAGGACAUCGUCGACAACCUCCUGCUACAUCAUAGCACCAGGUUGCUGCACACCCUGAGGCUGCGCAUCCACAUCGAUGACCAGACGGCCCCCUGCGUGCGUAGGUGGAUUCGACGUGCCCUCAGCUGCGCCCCCGCGGUGCUCGUCAUUCACUAUGGCACAUCUAUCAUGUUACCUCCUCGUUCUUCCGGCACGCGAUGCCUCACGAAGCUAUGUCUUGAUCAGGUAAGUCUCCACGGUGGUUUCGAGGAGCAGAUCACCACCGGGCUCCCCGUCCUGGAAGACUUGAGGAUCAAGAACUCUUGA